UAACCAACUCUACCAAAUCUAAAAUAAACAACAUCAAAACUUUCAAAUCUAUAAUAUUCAUAAUAUCUAUAAUCCUAGACUCAAAAUGUCCACCCCAAAACUCACCCUCUACUUCGACCUCCUAAGUCCAUUCAGCUACGUUGCCUUCCACAUUCUCAAAAACUCCCCUACUUUCACAAAAUGCGACAUAACCUACACCCCAGUCCUCCUCCGUGAGCUUUUCACCAUAUGUCAAAAUCCACCCCCAAUUGCUGUUAAAAACAAAUCAACCUGGCUAAACAAAGAACGACUCUACUGGGCCCGUCGACUAAAUCUACCCAUGUGUGAAACUCCACCGGCCGGGUUUCCUUUCCCCACGGUUGAUGUCCAGAGUAUACUAGUUAUACUCAGUGAGCGGUAUCCCGAGAAGAUAGCUAUGGUUGUGGAGAGGUUGUAUCGGGGGCUCUGGGGAGAGGGGAAUGCACAUAUUGUCACGACUGAUGGGUUUAUGGGUGUUUUGGAAGAGGUGUUUGGUGUGAGUAUUGCCGGGGAGAUACUGGAGGCUUCAAAAGAACUAGAAACCCAACUCCGUCUAACGGAGAACACCCAGAAAGCAUUCGACACAGGAGCAUUCGGACUACCGUGGGUCGAGUGUGUGAAUGCUCAGAACGAGACAGAGUGUUUCUGGGGCGUGGAUCACUUGGAGAGAGUGGUUGAGUUCUUGGGCUUGGAGAAAGUAGAUUCAUGUUGGGGGGUUGGGUGUAUCAACUAAGUAGUAGCUACUAUCUCCCCCUUCAUUCCUUUGUCUUUCUUUUUCUUUUCGUAUUCUGGGUUGUGGUUGUUCUUGUCUUUGUAUGAUAUAAGUACUCCUGAAUAAUUGAGAAUAUAGGGCAUCACUGAUCCC